UCAACUGUAAAAACCCACAUAUAUGUCAAUUCAAUUUGCAGAAUGAAUUGAUAAACAUUUCAUUCUCCUCUCUGUUUCUAGCUCUCCCAACAAGAUGCAGCACCGUGCCAAAGUCAUCGCCGCUCACAUCUUCGCCGCCUUCCUCAUAGGAGCCAUUGCUACAGCAGUGGCGCGUUACAACCGCCGCCGCCUGAAGUCCAAACCGGCUAAAGACCACAGUAUCAUUCCUCUUCUUCAGAGGACAGAAUCCGGCCGCGUUGGACACCUUGAGAGAUUCUCCCAUUACGUUGCGAGACAACUUGGAUUUACAGAGGCAAGCGAAAUCCCGGGAGUGUGCAAGUUAGCUUACGAUUAUUUAAAAAAAUCCAAAGGAUUCGAGGUAAGAAUUUAUGAGUACUUCGCCGACGAUCCGGCGUCGGCGGAGACCAUGUACGUGAAGUUGAUCGAAGAGCUGGAGAGAUGCAUCCUGAGUUACUUCGCCUUCCAUUGGAGUCAAGCUUCCACGAUGAUAACCCAGGUCUUGAGUGUUCAAUCUAAUGAAAAGAAGACGAAGCUGAAGGAGUUUGUGAUGGCAGCUACAAGGCAGCAAAGAUUUGAGAGAGUGGUGAAAGAUUUGAAGGUGAAAAGGGUGUUUUCCACCUUGGUGAAGGAAAUGAAAGCCAUUCGACGCGAUGGCGAGCCCUGCACGGAGGUAAUGGCGCCGGUGGCUCACAGCCAGAGAAGUCCAGUCUUGCUUCUUAUGGGCGGAGGCAUGGGAGCGGGCAAGAGCACUGUUCUCAAAGAUAUUCUCAAAGAAUCAUUUUGGUCGGGAGGAGCAGCAGCAAACGCGGUGAUGGUGGAAGCAGAUGCAUUCAAGGAAACAGACGUUAUAUACAGAGCUCUCAGCUCUAGAGGCCACCACAAUGACAUGCUUCAAACUGCUGAACUGGUUCACCAAUCCUCCACUGACGCCGCAUCAUCCCUUCUAGUCACUGCCCUGAAUGAAGGUCGUGAUGUGAUAAUGGACGGUACCCUGUCCUGGGAACCUUUCGUGGAGCAAACAAUUGCCAUGGCUCGGAACGUUCACAAGAAGCGUUAUCGGAUGGGGGUCGGCUACAAGGUAAGAGAAGACGGUACCACAACGGAGAACUACUGGGAACAAGUAGAGGAGGAUGAUGAAGAAUAUGAACAAGUGAAGGAAAAUUGGGAGAGAACCAACAGGAAACCUUACAGAAUAGAGCUGGUUGGAGUCGUAUGUGAUCCUUAUCUAGCUGUUGUUCGGGGGAUAAGGAGAGCAAUAAUGGUGGGAAGAGCAGUGAGGGUAAAUUCCCAAUUGAAAUCUCAUAAGAGGUUUGCUACUGCAUUUCCAAAAUAUUGUGAAUUAGUUGACAAGGCCAGGCUUUAUUGCACCAAUUCUGUAGGAGGUCCACCUAAGUUGAUAGCAUGGAAAGAUGGUGAGAGCAAGAUUUUGGUAGAUCCAGAUGAAAUAGGGUGCUUGGAAACAGAGCGUAGCUUGAACCCAGAGGCAGAGAAUGUCUAUGAGCUUUACAGUGACCCAGAGAAAAUUUACCAGCCUGGGUCUGUCUGGAACGACAACAUUUUGACACCUUCAAGGCCUAGCUUGCAACUGGAGCUAAGAACUUCCAUCCAGAGGAUUGAGAAAUGCAGCACCCAAACACAAUAACACAAAGUCAACUGAUCAUAUUCAAUAAGAGAUCUGAAGUAAGAAUUCAGAACCACCAAAAUGGUAGAUUUUUUUUUUUGGUCAUGUGUUGGAACAGUGUUUGUGGAUUAUAAUGCAAGGAAAUUGGAGAGAUGUGAUUGCUGUUCUGGACAGGUGGUCUUUCUUUAUUUUUUCUUAAGAUCUGAAGUAGGGGAAUUACUUUUCAUG